AUGUCGGUCGCAAACAAGAACCCUUUCGCCAUCCUUGGUGACGACGGUGAAGACGUCGCCGCCCCGAGGGCCGCUCCCGCUAAGGCUGCUGCCCCCGCUGCUGCUCCUCAGCCUACGCGCAACAUCCCCGGUGCCGGCGGCAACCAGCGCCGUGGUGGUGCCCGCAACGGCGCUCCUCGUGCCGCUGCCGGUGCUGACGCCGUCGAGGGCGACCAGCCCAAGGACGCCCGUGCUGGCCGCGGCCGCAACGGCGAGAGCCGUGGUCGUGGUGGCCGUGGUGGCCGUGGCCGCGGUGCUCCCCGAGGCCGUGCUUUCGACCGUCACUCGCAGACCGCCCGCGUCGACUCGGACAAGGCCGUCGCCCAGGCUUGGGGUGGCGAGGAUGGCGAGAAGGAGCUCGACAACGAGCAGAAGGCUGAGGCCGAUGCCAAGGCUGAGGGCGCCGAGGCCGUCGCCGCUGCUGCCGCUGUGACCCCUGCCGCUGAGGCCGAGAAGGCUCCCGAGGAGGAGGAGGACAAGACCAUGACCCUGGACCAGUACCUCGCCUCCAAGGCUGGCAAGAAGCUCAACAUCGAGAGCAAGGCACCCCGUGAGGUGGCCGACAACUCGGCUUACGCCAAGUUCGCCAAGCACCAGAAAGAGGAGGCCGACUACUUUGCUUCGACCAAGCAGCAGAAGGCCAAGACCGGUGCCAAGAAGGAGGGCAAGCAGCUGCUCGAGAUUGAGCAGACCUUCAGCCAGCCCGCUGUCCAGCAGCGUGGCGGCCGCGGCGGUGCCCGUGGUGGCAGCCGUGGUGCUGCUCGCGGCGGUGAGCGCGGUGCUGGUCGUGGCCGUGGUGGUCGCGGCGGCCGUGGCGGCAACUCGUCGGUCAACCUCUCCGACAAGAACGCCUUCCCUUCGCUCGCCUAA